ACUGAAAAGUAAGAGACCAAAUUAUUUGUUCAAAACACAAUUUUUGUUUCAUUCAAUGGUGCAUUUAAUUUGAAACAAGCUGAACUGUAUGGGCAUAAACAUUUCAAAUACAUUAUAUAGUGGUAAUGAAGAAACUGUUUUGUGGACAUUUACAUUUAAACUACAAGCCUUCAGUUUUUGCCAUAUUUUGUAAUUUUAAAAUAUUGGGAACAAGUCUCUUAAAGCAAUGAUGCCUUUCCCCUUCUAUUAUGUAUGUUAUAUAAAUAUCAGGAAAAUUCAAUCAGAUAUUUUCCAUGUUAAAGAGAUGAAAUCUUGAUGUGUUAAUGUAAUCCAAUUCAUAGGUAUAUUCUUCUCCUAGACAAUUAAUGAUCAUAUAUGAAGUUUCAGCAUGACAUAAAUUUAAUACUUGUUGAUUUAUGAUGAAACACGCGUUUAAUGUUGCUGUCUUCUUGUUUCAGUGAGUCUUGAUAUUUUAAAGACUAAAUGAAUUAGGAAAGGAAGUGACAUAGAAGUGUAUGUGUAGCACAAUUUAUUGUGUUGAUAUGACUUUCUUUGUUAUGGCAAAACCUACUCUGAACUUAUAUCUCUUUCAUAUGCUUGAUGUUUCAUGUACAGAUCUAAUUUACUGCCAAGAAAAUGGUAUGUUAUGUAGCUGAUAAAGAGCUGGAAUUAACAUUAAUUACUAUGUAAAAUAAUAUUAUUUGACAGAAUGUAUGAGGAUAAGCCAUUUAUACUGUCCAUGCACAAUUUAUAUUUUUGUACUCUCUCUGCACAUGCUGUUGUAAUACAGCAUUCUAACAAUGAUGAAAUCCCUGCAUCACUUUCAGUAUUUGUAAAUCUUUUUUUAAAACACUGAUGAGAUGUGUGUGCUGUAGAUAAAGCAUAGCUACCUUUAAUAUGAGUUUUGCAUAUAAGUUGUUGUAUUGCUAUCAAUUUGUCAUUGCUAUGCUUUGUUUUUUAUUGUACCAGAUGUAUGAGGUUCCAUCAGCAAUUCUCAAUUGCAGUUUGAAGGUGAUUUCUCAAAGAGCUAUAAAUUUGUGCUACUUGUUAUAUAUUACAUCAAUGUUGUUCCCUGGGAAUUACCUUUAAACUUUUAUUUCAUUGUGUAGUAUUGGUAGGAUUGAUACCAUUAUUUAACUUGAUGGUAGUGCAAUCUGCAUUCUGCAAUUCAUUAUAAGAGCAUAGGAUGCUAUGAAAAGUCAAUUUUAUAGUGCACUGUAUGGUGUAUGUAGUUUGAGACAUGGAAGUGUUGUCUGGAAUCUCAUAUUUCUGACAAAACUGUAAUUUCUUACUGUAUGUCAUGAAAGUUGGGCACAGAUAUUAAAACUUACAUAAAUAGCAUUGAGAUUCUGAGCGAUUUUGAAUGGUAAAUUAAGAAAAGCUUCACAUAUUUUCGUGAUAAACUUGUAAAGAUAACUCAGAAAUUAUUGGAAAUGAAAUCAUUCCUUAAAAAGAAAACAUGAUUGUAGUUAUUGAAAUUGAAUUAGAAAACCCUUUCAAGUGAUGAUGUGAUGUAUGUGAAUGUUAUGUUACACAGAAUUUGUUAUGUAGUAACAAUCUGAUUUCAUUUAUUAACUUUGUUUUGUUAUUGUAGGUGCGACUGGUGGAAUAAUUUUCUUUGAAUCUAGUUGUAGAUUGUAGUAAGAAAAAUGGGAAAACAGAACAGCAAACUCAAACCUGAAGUACUGGAGGAUCUUAGACAAAAUACUGAAUUUUCUGAUGCGGAAAUUCAGGAAUGGUACAAAGGCUUCCUGAAAGACUGUCCAAGUGGACACUUAAGUGUUGAAGAGUUUAAGAAGAUAUAUGGGAACUUUUUCCCAUAUGGGGAUGCAUCAAAGUUUGCAGAACAUGUAUUUAGAACAUUUGAUGCGAAUGGAGAUGGGACUAUAGACUUCAGAGAAUUUUUAUGUGCACUUUCUGUCACGUCUCGAGGAAAACUUGAGCAAAAACUGAAAUGGGCAUUCAGUAUGUAUGAUUUGGAUGGAAAUGGGUACAUUUCCAGACAAGAAAUGUUAGAAAUUGUGACAGCAAUCUACAAAAUGGUUGGCUCUGUAAUGAAAAUGCCUGAAGAUGAGUCAACACCUGAAAAAAGAACAGAUAAGAUUUUUCGUCAAAUGGAUAAAAAUAAGGAUGGUAAACUUUCAUUAGAUGAGUUCAUUGAAGGGGCAAAAAGUGACCCGUCCAUUGUCCGACUACUGCAGUGUGAUCCACAAGCACAGUGAGAGGAUUGGUAGAUGGUAACUGAACUUCUGAGGCUUAUAUCAUCAGAAUUGUGCUUAAUUCUGUGCUUGGUCAUGUGCCCAAUCUUGAACAUGGGCUUUGGUACAAAGAUUAUAACAGACUGAGUUCAGUAAAGAAGAGGGCUGCAAAAGAAGUCCAUUGUUGAAUCAUGUCAUACAUGAAAAUGAUAAUGAACUUCUAACUUCAUUCACAUAAAGUUCUGCCAUUGAAUUGGAAGCAGGUGAACUGUGUUAGUGUGAUUUUGAAGUUUUAUUUAAAUGGAUGGGCGCAGUAUUGCAUGUAAGUGGCACAGUGGCCUGUGUGGCAGAUGGUUUGUGUCAAUUCCCUUUUUAUUCUGAUCAAGUUAGAAUAUGUGAAAAUUCUAUCAGUAAUAUGUUUUUAAAUAAAUUGUUCAUUACAUGCAUAUUCUUUGCACACAUGUGCAUGUAUGUCAACAGUUUUUAAAAUAAAAUGACAUUCCUUGAUACUCCUUCAAUGAUA